AUGGCCCCUCAUGCCCUACCCGGCCCUCCCCCCAAACCCCAGGCCCCAUAUGCCUCAUCCAAACCCCCCAGGGCUUACCAAGGCCACCCCCAGGCCACCCAAAAGGGCACCCCCGGUCCCCGAAAAGGGCCCCCGGGGCCCUGCUCACCACCCCAUAAGCCCCACGCAGCCCCCCAAGGGCUCACCUGGCUACCCUCCCCACCUGCGGCCACAGCAGGGCCAUGGCCCUCCCCACUCAGGUCAGCAUGGUCCCCCUCAUGGUGGCCCACCUCAUGGGCCGCCCCAUGGCCCACACGGCCACCCUGUCAAUGGGGAGGAGAGAUGGGAUCCCCGUGA